AUGGCUGGUCGGACGCCGACCCCAGUCAGCACGUCGCCCAGCAGGAGUGAGACCUCUGGCGCAAAGCGCAUCCGGCUCAGCCUGGCGUGCAACCAGUGCCGCAAGCGCAAGGUCAGAUGCGACACCGAGAAGCCCAAGUGUCGCAACUGCUGGCUCCGCGACGAGGUCUGCGAGACUACGGACCCGCGGUACCCUGACAGUGGCCCCAGCGUGCGUCGAUGGGCGACCAAGGACGGUCUCCUGCCCGGACAGAACCCAGCGGCCACCCACCGCAACCAGGCCCAGAUCCCGAAGCACAGUCCGAUCGUGCCUACAGGGCCAGCAGCGGCCCCGUCGGACAGGGACCGAGGAGGCCCCCCCGGGGCCAACGCUCUCCCUCGUCGCUGGAGCGCGUCCGCCUCCGUCUCGGCAUCAGCUCACCAGAGGGAUGCCAUUUCCGCCAGCCCUGCUGGCACUGCAGCCAGCGCCGGUGGCUCCGCUCCGCCAGGAGCCAUGUCGUGGGUGUCAAGGGGUUACCAGACCAGCGUCAGCGCCGGAGGCGGCGGCGGCGAGGUCAACAUCGGCGACAGCAGUCCUGAUCUGGUGGUCAACGCGGAUGGCAACAACUUACAUCGAGUGAAGUACAUGGGUGGCAGCAGUGUUCAAUGCCUCUCCGCCUUCGUCAACAUAUAUCUGCGCCGCAAAGGACUGCAGACGGUCUCGUCGCAUUUCCGGAGUGGAAUGAGACAUGUGGAAGAGUUCCAGCUUGCUCUAUCUACUCUCAUUCCGCCUUUACCGGGCCAGCAGGCUCUUGGUGCUUACCUAGACACCUUUUUCACCAGGGUCUGGCCCGUCUACCCCGUUAUAGACCGCCAAACCGUCGAGGCAAAUAUUCAAUUCUUUCAACGCUCAGAGUUUUCAUCACCAGGUGGUCUACAAGCAACUCUGGCUCCGGCGCAUGUUCCCCAACUCGUCAUUCUAUUCUCAAUCAUCGCCAUUGCGGCCGACGAGGCCGCCGGCGAGCCCACCGAGCUGGGCUACUUGUAUCUCAGUGCAGCGUACAAUCUGCUUGCGCAUUUGGUCGCGACGCCAUAUCUGACAAGUGUGCAAGCGCUCGUGCUCCUCGCGGUCGCAUUGCGAUGUAGGUGCAAAGACGGGCAGGCGUGGCAUGUUUUGGCACAAGCCAUCAGAAUCGCACAUUCCGUGGGGCUGCACAGGUAUAUUCGGCCGCAGUCAAGAUCAACAACAACGUCCUCCGAAAAUCCUUCCCAUAGCUACCGGACGGACGUGGAACCGCUCGGACGGGUAUGGUGGUCGUGUUAUGCUCUUGAGAAACUCAUGGAGCUCGAGACGGGAAGACCCUCGGCGAUCAACGACGAAGACAUUGAUCAGAUUCUGCCGUCUGACUCACUUGCAACGGGGGACGGACCCGACUUCUUCUCACACUGGGUAGGUCUGGCCAGGAUCCUCAGUCAGAUUAGUAGACACCUUUACAGACAGAAGCCAACCUCAGCAUGGCAGCUCAUGUUCGAGAUUGGGCGGCUCGAUCAGCAACUCCUGGAGUGGGCGAACUCUAUGCCGGACAGUGUCAAGCCAGACCAUGAUCUUUUCGCCGGCCACGCCCUGAAUCAGGUGCCGUAUCAACAGCACAUCUCCAGCUUCCUUUCGCUCCAGUACUACCAGGCACAGAUCACUCUGCUUCGUGCAUCUCUCGUCUUCCCGACGCAGUCGUUUAUCGAUGAGGUGAAACGGCUAGGUCCAAGCCUACCGUCUUAUGUGCGUCUUCUACAAUCCGAAAACAUCUGUACGGGGGCUGCACGGGCAACAGUACGUCAGGUGCUCGAGCUCGCUGACCACGGCAUCCACUCGCUCAUCUUGUCCGGCACUCAGCUCUUUCUCGCCGCCGUCGUGCUGGCGCUACACGUUGUGAAGAAUCCGAGCAAACGCCUCGUACGAUCAGACCUUGAACUGCUCAACAGCGCCACCGAACACCUGGAGACGCAGUUCAGCCGCGGAGGUCAGCACCCAAACUUUGUCCGCGGGUUCGAAACGCUGCGGACGAGCGUGCUGGCCGCCGCCAACAUGGAGCCGCGGGCCGGAAUGGAUAGGUCGAGGCCCGCGUCCAAUCUAGCACCGGAGCUUGAUAUACUCGAGGGGAACAGAGAUCCUCUGUCAUUGUUCGGGGAAGCGUCGCUCCUGGUUCCCGGCAUCACACCAGGCUCUACGUCUUUUGGGUUCAGCGACGAUAUGCCCCUCGAGGAGUUGUGGGGUGCGAUAGGGAAUUACUCGCUUCUUGAGCCGACGCUUGAUGAUCCUGCACUCCAGCCGCCGUGA